AUGAGAGAAGCUAUAAUAAGCACGAGCAACACUUUCAACCGAGGUGAUAGCUUCGGGCCGACAACUAAUGGGUCUCAACCUCCUUCUUUGAGUGAGGUCGCACUCCACGUGCGUCGCCUGCAAGCUGUGCUUCUAAACACAGCAGCUGACGACUCCGCGACCGUUCCUAAAGGUGGCGCGAUGAAACCCUCAUACCUUGGCGGGGUCGUGAUCAAGCCGACGGAACUCGAUAGGGUCACGGCCCUUUGCGAUUUGCUGAGUGACAUUUACGCGUGGGCUGUUGAGGAAGGUUCCAGUUUCGUUAUGGAGCCUAGCAUAUUAGCCCAGGAAGGGGUGCCCGAGGUGGUGUGCGCCUGCCUGCUUUGCCAGCGUCCCCGCGUCAUUACUGCGGCGUUGCGGGUUGCUCGCCAUUUGCUCCGUCACCCUGCAAGCUUCGCAGAACUUCAUCGUGUUGUAGCUGAUUAUUACACUUCACAGAAAGAGGAGGUCUUCGAAGGUGGGUGCAGUCACCUCUCACCUUCCCUAACGAUGGUUCGAUUUCUUGACAUGCUUUUGCGAAAUUUCUCGAAUUCCGCCGACUUGGUUGCGGCGACGGUCGAGGUGGCCGCGGAGCUUUCUACGGCGACAGGGCCCAUCCCCUACACCGCGGACGACUUCGUCGGAACAGACUUCGUGUCGAACGUGCUAAGUGGGUGCCAGCGGCAUGGGGAAGAUCCACUGGUGGCGACACCAGCGGUGGUGUUCUUUGCGGCACUGGUGCAGCUACCGCGAGAGCCACCCGCAGAGACUCCUGUAGCAGUCCUUGUCACCCACCUUGGCUCGGUGCUAGGGGUCAUGGUUAGGGCCAUCCGCAAACAUGCAGGGAACGCGUCUAUUCGGAAGGCCAUCUUGAAAUUUUUCGCUAUCUGCGCGCAGUACGACCAGAAUAGGGAACGUCUACUUCAAGUUGGUGCGUACGCUGUCGCGAUUGCAACACUGACAGGAAAGGCUGGGGAGCACAGUGAUCUGGAGAUAUUAGAGCCCGCAGUUGAGUGUGUAAGCUACUGUAUCCCGUUGCUUGAUAGCUUUCAGUGUCGAAGCCUCCUCUUGGGGAUACGUGGUCUCCUGAUGCACCGUGGUGAAAUUGCUGUGAUGCGGCUCACACUGGCGUUACUAUACGGGUUUCUAUUGACGCUUCCACCCUCUGUACCGCAGGGGCGGCAUAGCUUGUAUGCACAGCCCGAGACCCUUGAGCCUGAAGGUAGUAAAAGUAACCUAGAUGAGCUUGGAGCUAGAGGGAAGUGUACACGAGUUGAGCCGAGCGAUCUACUGGAUCACCUGCCAUUGCAUCAGGACACCAGGAGAUUUAUACACCGUCUAUGUAUUCCACAGCUAACGAUGCAUGUAAUGGAUUAUUAUCGCAAUGAGCUAAGAAUACUGAUGCUGAUUGACAAUGAUAAUGCUAAUAAUGGGGAGGAUGAAGAAGACGAUAUGACAGAAGAUGUGGAACAAGUCUUUUCGUUGGCGGAGCGCUGUGUAGCCGCUAUGAGUCCCUGA